AUCCGAUUCGCUGUUGGGAUCCUUGGUCUUCUCUGAUUGGUCAAACAUCAAGUCAAUAUGCUCGCGCGGUGGAAGCCGGUGACUGUAGCCCUGUCCCCACUCUCCUCCUACCAGCCAGCUUGGUCCCGCAUCUCGUCGCCGAUUCCGUCGUGGACAUUAAUUUAAUCAAAGGCACAAUGUCUCAGAAGAUCAAGGCCGGUGCUGUGGUGGAGAUGCAGGGGGAUGAGAUGACUCGGGUUAUCUGGGAGCUCAUCAAAGAGAAGCUCAUCUUCCCGUACCUCACACUGGACCUGCACAGCUAUGACCUUGGAAUGGAGAACCGAGAUGCUACAGAUGACAAAGUAACGGUUGAAGCAGCCGAAGCAGUUCGCCGUUACAAUGUGGGCAUCAAGUGUGCCACCAUCACACCAGAUGAGAAGCGUGUGGAAGAGUUCAAGCUGAAGAAGAUGUGGCGCUCACCUAACGGUACCAUCCGUAACAUCCUGGGAGGCACCGUGUUCAGGGAGGCCAUCAUCUGUAAAAACAUCCCCCGACUGGUGCCUGGUUGGCAGAAGCCCAUCAUCAUCGGCAGACAUGCACACGGAGACCAGUACCUAGCCACGGACUUUGUGGUGCCGGGCCCUGGAACGGUGGAGAUGGUCUACACACCCACAAAUGGAGAACCGGUCAAAUAUGUCGUCCACAAGUUUGAGGGAACUGGGGGUGUGGCCUUAGGGAUGUACAACACAGACAAGUCCAUCAGGGACUUUGCCCACAGCUCCUUCCAGAUGGCUCUGUCUAAAUGCUGGCCUCUGUACCUCAGCACCAAGAACACAAUCCUAAAGAAAUAUGACGGUCGCUUCAAAGACAUUUUCCAGGAGAUCUAUGAAAAAGAAUAUCAAACUCAGUUUGAGGCUAAAGGAAUCUGGUACGAGCACCGGCUGAUAGAUGACAUGGUGGCUCAGGCCAUGAAGUCUGAGGGAGGCUUCAUCUGGGCCUGCAAGAACUACGAUGGGGACGUACAGUCAGACUCUGUAGCACAAGGUUAUGGUUCUUUGGGCAUGAUGACCAGCGUGUUGGUCUGUCCUGAUGGGCGUACCGUGGAGUCGGAGGCUGCACAUGGGACCGUGACCCGUCACUACCGACAACACCAGCAGGGAAAAGAGACGUCCACUAACCCCAUAGCCUCCAUCUUUGCAUGGACACGGGGCUUGCUCCACCGGGCCAAGCUGGACAGCAACGCAGAGCUGCGCUUCUUUGCCGAGUCUCUGGAAGCCGUCUGCAUAGAAACCAUUGAAGCUGGUUUCAUGACCAAGGAUUUGGCGAUUUGCAUCAAAGGCUUGUCAAAUGUGACAAGCGCCGACUACUUGAACACGUUUGCAUUCCUGGACAAGUUGGCAGAGAACCUGAAGGUGAAGCUAGCCAGCCCGCCCAAGCUGUAGUUGGUGGUCCCAGCUGCAGCGCGUACACACACACACAGCACAUUAACACAGGCAAGUUAAGUAGGAGGUCUACAUGAGGACAAAGGCCUCCGGCCUGUGGCCCAGCUUCAGCCUCCAGGAGUCCUGGAGUACCAGUGGUCUCAUGUCGGCUUUAGCCUGAUGACGAUGAGCUGAUCUGAUCUGUGCUGGGUGGGGGGAGGGGAGGGGGGUGUAACCGACUUGCAGCAUCUUAAUACCAGAGUGCCUGGGAAGCAGCUUGUGUUGUAACACAGCUGAGUCUACACACAUUCCAUUUUAUUUUAAAUGUUGAUCUGAUUUCAGAUAAUAAAACUGUGUGUCACCAUGUUGAUUAAAUAGUAAUGAACAGAGAUUCUUUUUAACCUGUGUGUGUGUAUGUGUCCAUCCAUCAGCCUUAAUGUUUAUUAUAAUAAACGUUAACCUGAGUAAAGCUA